AUGAAUGCUUUCUUUGAUGGAUUUAUCAAUUCCAGUACCACACUUCAACAAUUUGUGGUUCAGUAUGAUAAUGCUCUUAAAUUCAGGGCUAAAAAAGAAAUAGAAGCUGACUUCUCUUCCCUCAAUAACACGAUUGCAUAUGGGUCUCAAUCACUCAUUGAGAGACAAUUUCAAGUUAAGUACACACAUGCAAAAUUUGAUGAAGUACAAAUUGAGUUUCGAUCAAUGAUGAAUUGUUUCAUCGAAGACACGGUGAAAGACUGUAUUUCCAACAAGUACACGAUCAAAGAACAGUUCAUGUGGGAUGGAAAAUGUGCAGCCAAAUAUUAUCAUGUGGAAUUUGAUCCUCUUACAAACGAUACAAACUGCUCUUGCCUAUUGUUUGAGUUUAGAGGUAUCAUUUGUCGGCAUUGCCUAUUGGUUCUCGGUCAGGAAGAUGUACAGAAUGUCCCCUCUAAAUAUGUUCUUCGCCGUUGGAGAAAAAAUAUCCGAAGAAAGCACACACUCAUUAGAGCAGCUUAUAGUUUUUUGUAUCAGGAACCCAAGAUGCAAAGAUACCAAUCAUUGUGUAAGCAGUUCUAUGACAUAGUUGAGGUUGCCUGUGAAUUUGAAUCUGCUUCUGAUGAGUUGGAAAAAUAA